ACGGCGUCUGCAGCUGCAUAGCCAACUACUAUGGUCCCAGCUGCGAUCUGCAGUGCCAAUGCGUAUCGAAGGGCACGGCCAAGUGCAACGACGGGGUGGACGGGGACGGAUCCUGUCUCUGCAAGCCCCACUUCGCUGGCGCGACGUGCAACAUGUGCGAUACAUUCUACUACGGAGAUACUUGCGAACACAUGGGCCAUCCAAAGCUCACAGAACUAGAAACCAAAGCAUUGUCAAUUUCGAACUUGGUGAAGGGCGUCGUGUGCGGCGGACAUGGUAUUAACUUUUAUUUUGUAUCUGUCUCUUUUUAGUAUUAACUUCUCUAAAAACUGCAACAUUGACCUUCAUGUUGUUCUUCUUGUUCUUGUUCUCGUAUACGUAUGUAAAUGUAUGAUUUAUUACUUGUAGUGUGACUUUAUUCUUUAUUUUCAACAUGCCGAUGAGAUUUUCUUAGCAGUUAUCUCAUGUAGUACCCAUCUGCGACUGCGAUCGCUUUUCAGGUUCGAUCCUCUUCGAUGUGAAUUCGCAGAGCGGACUUGUGACGCCGACAGGAUGCGCGUGCGACAAAAACUACUUCGGAAUGAAGGAUUUCACGUGGCCUUAUUCCACAGAUUGCACUAUGUUAGACGCCAUAUCGUUGUCAAGCGCUGCUGCGGCCAUGAGGGGCCAUUCCGGUUGCGUGCAGAAGGGCGCGUCGUCGUAUGCCACCACCGCUUAUCAAGUACGGUGCGAGAGCCCAUGCCUGUGCAAUCCAGUAGGCACGGAGCACUGCAUCAAUGAGCAGUUCCAGACCACACGUCAGGGAGAAUGCACUUGUAAGCCGACGUUUACGGGGACGACGUGUCAUCAGUGCGUGCCCAACUACUACGGCGACAACUGCGACAUCUUCUGUUCGCCUGAAGUGACCUGUCAAGGACGCGGACAGUGUAGCGAAACCGGUCUUUGCGUGUGCGAGAACGGCUGGUUCGGCACCAACUGUGAGCGUCUCACGUGUAUGAGCUGCAACGGCUUCGGUAGCAACG